UUUGCAGAAAUAACAUGAUGUCCAGUGUUGACUGGGUCUGACUCGUGUCCCGUGUUAUUACACAGCAGUAUUUGGGGUGGCGCGCCUGUCGUCCGACUGUUCGCCGGUCGGAGGCUCCUGCUCAGAGAUGGCAAGAGACCCGUAGCGGACUGCGGGGCCUGUCUGGUUGGGUAUUUUACCGACAACCGUCACGUUAGAGAGCCGCAGAGACACGCAGAGUGGGCAGGACGUGGGGCCACGGAGGAACCAUGGGACACGGAGUAGGCUGAACCAGAGGGUCUAGCAGCACACACCAGUUUGUAAACAGGAAGCAGAUUGUCUAUUUGCAGUUGGUUGCUUAGUUGAAAAUGCUACUAACAAGGAACGCAAAUGGCGAAAAGUAAAAGCAGGGUUUUCUCUCCUUGGACAAAGAGGUGGAACUGUUUCUGACAGUUUCCCACUGUGGUGUAUGACAUGGCCACAGCCUCAUCCAGAGCAGAGUCUAGCCAUAACCACAGAGGAACGUCACAGCUUCAUGCCAUUGUUUCCUGUGCCAAGAUCAAGAGGAAGAAGAGUCUGUUUGGGACUGCCAUUUAUGUGGAGGUGACAGCGGAGGGGGAGUCGCGCCGUACGGUGAAGUCUCACAGCUCCUCCAGUCCUAAAUGGGAUGAGAGGCUCACUCUGAGUGUAACACCGCACACAAAGGUGGAUUUCAAAGUAUGGAGUCACAACACCCUGAAAGCAGAUGCUCUGCUGGGCAAAGCCACACUGGACUUAAUGCAAGCACUGGAGCAGCAUGACAGAAAAUUGGAGAAUGUGAAGGAGGUGCUGAAGCUGAGUGUGGAGCAGAAGGGAGUGUUUGUGCCUGCUGGGGAGCUGACUGUCUACCUAGAUGGACUGACCAUUACCGACCAGGAGGAACCAGCACAGCUUACCAAUGGCAAUGCUGCAAAUGGCACCAAAGUCCAGCAGAAUGGUGAUGCCAUCCAUGAAAAUGGAGACUCAUCGUCCUCUUCCUCAAGGGCUGCUAACAGCACAGUGAAUGGUACAGACUUGGACCCAAGGUCAGAUUCUUGUUCGGCCUUCAAUGGUGUGGAUGCUCCGCUGCCUUCUACCUCCUGCAGCCCGGCCCAUGGUCACAUUGUCAAUGGAGACACCACACCCAACUCCACCCCAGUCCACCAGCCCUCAGACAGUGACACAGACAGUAGGACGGUCAACGGGGAGUCCUGUGACGUGGCUUUUGGGCCAUCAUCUGCUUCAACGGGCGAUGUGCUGUCUCGUGCAGACGACCACGAGGACUGCAGUCAAGAUGCUGUCCCGCCAGAUUCUGUCCCACCACCAGACAGCACAUCUCAGCCUCAGCCACCCUCCACGCAGGCUCCAGCCUCCUCUUCUGCUGCUAAACCUCCUGAUAGCACUGCUGUUGCUGCUCCCUCCACAGUGACCCCCUCAGCCCCGGGGGCUGCCACCACCACUGCGGCCACCUCAUCAUCUUCCUCUCCCUCCCCAGCACUGGGAGAAACAAAUGCUUCAGGAGCUGGUGAUGGUAGCACUAGUAGCAGUGCCACUGUAACUCCAGAUGGGGCCAAGCCCAGACAACAGGCCCCCAAUGCUGGAGCACCAGAUCCUCUACCACCAGGAUGGGAGCAGAGGAAAGACCCACAUGGGAGAACGUACUAUGUAGACCACAACACCAGGACGACUACUUGGGAGAGACCACAGCCACUACCACCAGGUUGGGAGCGACGAGUGGAUGAUCGGGGGCGAAUCUAUUAUGUGGACCACAACACCCGCACCACCACGUGGCAGCGUCCCACCAUGGAGUCAGUCCGCAACUUUGAGCAGUGGCAGAGCCAACGCAGCCAACUGCAGGGAGCUAUGCACCAGUUCAACCAGCGAUACCUCUACUCUGCAUCCAUGAUGUCUGCUGAGAAUGAUCCUCUUGGCCCGCUACCUCCUGGUUGGGAGAGACGCGUGGACUCUAAUGACCGAGUGUACUUUGUGAACCAUAACACCAAGACAACGCAGUGGGAAGACCCCCGAACCCAAGGGCUACAGAACGAGGACCCUUUGCCUGAAGGUUGGGAGAUCCGAUACACAAGGGAAGGGGUGCGCUACUUUGUGGAUCACAACACCCGAACCACCACUUUCAGUGACCCACGCACUGGAAAGUCCUCUGUCACUAAAGGCCCUCAGAUCGCUUAUGAGCGCAGCUUCCGAUGGAAGCUUGCCCAUUUUCGCUACUUGUGCCAGUCCAAUGCUCUCCCAAGCCAUGUGAAGAUCAAUGUCUCCAGACAGACGUUGUUCGAAGACUCUUUCACGCAGAUUAUGGCGCUCAAACCUUACGACUUGAGGAGGAGACUGUAUGUCAUCUUCAGAGGCGAGGAGGGUCUCGACUAUGGUGGCUUAGCCCGAGAGUGGUUCUUUUUGUUGUCCCAUGAAGUGCUGAACCCCAUGUACUGUCUGUUUGAGUACGCCGGUAAGAGCAACUACUGUCUGCAAAUCAACCCAGCCUCGGCUAUCAACCCAGACCACCUCUCCUACUUCUGCUUCAUAGGCCGCUUCAUCGCAAUGGCACUUUUCCAUGGCAAGUUCAUCGACACAGGUUUCUCGCUGCCUUUCUACAAACGCAUGCUGAACAAGAAGCUCAUCCUCAAAGAUCUUGAGUCCAUUGACCCAGAGUUCUACAACUCACUCAUAUGGAUCAGGGACAACAACAUUGAGGAGUGUGGUCUGGAGAUGUACUUCUCAGUGGACAUGGAGAUUUUAGGAAAGAUCUCCUCGCAUGACCUCAAACCUGACGGCACCAACGUCCUUGUCACUGAGGAAAACAAGGAGGAGUAUAUCAGUCUGAUGGCAGAGUGGAGGUUCUCCCGUGGGGUUGAAGGUCAAACCAAAGCUUUCCUGGAUGGUUUCAAUGAGGUGGUUCCACUGCAGUGGCUCCAGUACUUUGAUGAAAAGGAGCUGGAGGUGAUGCUGUGUGGUAUGCAGGAGGUGGACCUUCAAGACUGGCAGAGGAACACUGUGUAUCGUCACUACACCAGGAAUAGCAAACAGAUCAUCUGGUUCUGGCAGCUGGUGAAAGAAGUGGACAAUGAAGUGCGACUGCGGCUCAUGCAGUUUGUCACUGGAACCUGCAGGCUUCCUCUGGGUGGCUUCGCUGAACUCAUGGGAAGCAACGGGCCCCAGAAGUUCUGCAUUGAGAAGGUGGGGAAGGACACGUGGCUUCCUCGGAGCCACACGUGUUUUAACCGUCUGGACUUGCCUCCCUACAAAAGCUUUGAACAGCUGAAAGAGAAGCUGCUCUUUGCCAUCGAGGAAACGGAAGGAUUUGGCCAAGAAUAGAGGGCGGAGUCCUCGUCUGUUUCUCUCCCUCCCCCUUUGCUGUUUAUUCAUUCAAGUAAAACAAACAAAAAUAAUUGCACAAGAAACCCACCAAUGUAUAUAAGCUAUUUUCUCAUUUUAAACCAAAUCUUAAUUUGCAGCAUUGAUUUGCUGCGGUCCCUCAUAUAUUAUAUGAUACCCCAUCAUGAAAUAUGCAAGAAUUUAAGCAUUUUUUUUGCUCCUCUGUUUGAAAACAGAAAUCAUGGAUAUUUUUUUUAUUUCCUCCCCACCACUGACUGGCUUUUUAAAAUGGACUGAAAGCGUUUUUUGAGAGGAUUUUAUUGUAGAAGCACAUUCAACUUUUAAAGCUCUAGUUCUAUAGAGCUUUUAAAAGAAAAGAGUAGUAUUGGGGUCUGGUGCCUGAAUUUCUUUCUUUCCCUGUUGGACCCAUAGUAAUUGUUAGUUUUUGUUUUUUUUUGCAUGGCUGCCUCGGACAAUGAUCAUCACCACCACCACAGAUACAGACAUGUAGUAUGGAUCGCUCUCUGAAUGAGCUUUUUUAGCUUCUUCAGUUGAAGGUGUUUAGGAUGGACCGAUCUGAAGCAGAGGAAGAGGAGACUAAUCCUCAGUGGUUGUGAACACUAUCGUCCUGUUUCGGAUCAAAAUAUGAGUUUGGGGGGGGGGGGGACUGCAGUGUAAAGCUCCUGCACAAAAGCUACUCUAUCAAAAAAGAAUAGAAAAAGUGUAUGUGUGUGUGUGUGUGUGGUGACAGCGGGGCCUGUGGUUCGGAUGUUUAAGCUAGAGACGCUGGACGUGUUCCAGGCCACCUAGACAGCGGCCUGCUGCUUCAGCUUUGCAAACAAUGCACAUGACGAUGACAAGAGCCGCAGCUUUUAUUUAAACAACGAGUCGUUUGGAAAAUCAUCCCAACAAAGAAAAAAAAGCGUAAAAACAGAUUGAGUGUCUCAGUUGUGGAACACUUGGCUGAAUCUCUUUUGCCUCUUGGAGUCUGGAAGUGUCUCCAGUCUGCGAAGCCACUGUGGUUUACAGAGCACCAAACAUGGUCAGACUUAUAUUUGAAAACAUACAAAUCACAUUUACUUCAAUGUCUCUGCCGGAGGUAUCACGCUAGAUGAAUAUCUGCCUGAGAUUUGAACCAUUAAUAUCAAAGGAAACAUAUGAUUAGAACGUUCUCCUUUCACUACAUCUACAUGUGUACUGACAGGAGCUGUAGUCAGCUUCUUAGACAUGAACUCCUGGCAUGAUUCCAAAAGAUAAAUCCUUAUCAAGUCAGCAGCUGUCC